AUGUCUCCUCGAAGCCAGUCCCGUUCCGUCUCCUGCGACUCCAUCAUACCACAUGAAUGGACCGCCUUUGAGAUUCGCACGCUCAUCUGCCUCAUCAUCAAAGGCGAGCACGAGAUUUCGCCAGAGCCCAUUGACUUCGCUACUAAGCUGAACAAGGCACUGAACCCUCGUCAAGCUGACAAGGAGACUGUGCAAGAGCACUUCAACCGUGACAUCCCUGUUUAUGAUGUCCAAGAGAUGCUUCAGCGCAUACUCUCCAAGAAGAAGCACGCCGUGGACGUUAGCGAGCGUCACCCAACGACGGUCGUAACCAAGGCCAAAAUCCAGGCGUUUGUGCGAUCUCUCGAUUUCGACGGAAGUGAGGAGGAGUGGGAUGUUAUGGGUCGGAAGGAACGGGCCGUCGUGGAGAGGAGCAAGAUGCGAGCGAGGCUGGAGACGGAGAAGAAGGGAGGUGAGCUGAGCCCGUGUCAUCAAGAUGAGAAGAGCAGGCGCCGGGCGGUUAUCGAGGACGAUCCCAACGCGCAAAGACUGCUGGCUGCUUGGGGCAUGGGUUCUAGCUUCUGGGAGGACCCUCCCCAGGGGAUUGCCUCCCAGACCCAGGGCCAAGUCUAUCCCGACCAUUGGACCCCUGGCUUUGAGUACGACUCCAGCGCCAUUCACUUGGGCAACGGCUCCUCUGCCGCCACUUCCUUCAUGCCUGCGGCUGAAGACGAUAGCUACUUAUUCGGCCCCGAGACGCCUCGUGGCUAUAAACCAGCCGGCACUCCUCUUGACAUGCGUACGCCUACCUGGAAUGGCCCUCUCGCGCGCGAGGUCCCCAGCAUCGAUGGUGGUUGGAUGGGUGGCUUCACGCCAGGUGUACUGGCGUCUCUGCCUGGUCUGGCUAGCAGUGUCGGUGGAACAGGUUAUGGUGUUCUCGAGGGAGGCUACGGUGCCGCUCAUCGCGAGCUCCCAUCUCGCGAGACCAGUGGACAGGGUGCGGAUGCCCGCCAGUCUCGCUACAACAACGACCACAACAACAGUAAAUGGUGCGGAUACUGA